AUGGUGGCUGAACCGGUGCAGGCAACAGUCCAGACUUUACAAAGCCUCCUCCAUCAAACGACCGAUUUCAUCAAUACCCAACUGGACAGGAUCCAAUCAAAAUACCAUGAUCAAAUUUUCUUUGAGCCUAAAUCGAACCCCGUGAUUCAAGUUCGCCCUAGAGUUCAGCAAGGGUUCAUGUCGAGCUUAUACCGGGUCAUUUCAAAGAACAAGACGGCUAUGAUUUUAGGAAUUGGACUUGGAAUCGCCGGCGGCGUGUAUUUCUUCAUGAACUGGCCACGAGACUCGCAUACACGGCGAAGGCGAGUCUCCAAACUUACAAACGGAGGAAGAACAGACGUGGUUCUUUUGAUUGGCUCGCCAACGGAGCCAUUGACGCGGGCCAUUGCACUAGACUUCGACAAGCGUGGCUUCAUUGUCUACUUGACCAUCUUGGACAGCAUCGAUGCCAAAUACAUCUCGUCGCAUCCCUUGUGCGAAGACAUAAACUACCUUGAUUUCACUCAUGGCACGAUUGAAGACAACUUGUUGCAUUUCAAGCAGGUUAUCAAAGCACCCGCGUAUGCGUUCCCCGGAGCACAUCCACACCGCUUACGUUUGAAAAGCAUCAUUUUUGCGCCGAGUUUGUUUUUUCCCAUCGGUCCUAUUGAGAAUGUGGGCGUCAAUACUUGGCAGAAACUAUCGGACCGAUUCAUGAUGUAUUUGAAAUUGCUUUCAGGCGGCCUCAUUCAGCUCGUUCGCUCGCAGGCCGUCAGGGUGAUCUCGAUUUGUCCAAACAAUUUAAGCGCGUUGAACGUGGCGUACAACGGACCCGAAUCGGUUUUCCAAAACCAAUUGAAAUCGCUAUUUACCGUGCUAAGUAAAGAGUUGAAGCAGCAUGGGGUGUUUGUCACGCAGGUGAAACUUGGCAAUGUGUGUCUUUCUCAUCAGAAAUUGGGAUCCAACUCCAGGAUAGAAAGUUUGGUCAACACAGAGGUUAGGGCGUGGACCUCGGAAAUGAGAGAGCUCUACUCCUCCGAUUUCGUCAGGUCCCAGUAUGUCAGCAAUAGAGUCAAGGGAAGUGGCGGACACGGGAAACCAGCAAAGGAACUCUUUCAUCUAUUGUACGAUCUUACCUAUAGCAAGCGACCUCCCACCAUAGCAUAUUGCGGGAAAGGAGCACGAUGGUAUGAGUACAUUGCCAGGGGGCUUCCGCACUCGUGGAUAACGUUUCUUUUCUGA